UUCUUAACACACCUUCUGGAUAAGCCUCCCCUUGCGUUGCGCCAUUUUCCCCAACUUUUUCUUAUUAAAACUAAACACUAUUUAUUGAAUUUCACCAAUUCAGGUUCACAGAAUCCCAGAUCAGCACCUGAGUCCAUACUCUGUAACCCAAACCUAAGAAACCAGGUAGAAUGAUAGUGUUCCUUUUCCCUUAGCAAUAAAGAAGACCAUUUUCUUGAUCGGCUUGUGCGUUGUAAAGAUCAUAGCUUGGAGUGCAAAAGGGUAUGUCUGUAAUAGGGGCGUGUUCACAGUUUCUUUACGGAGAGGUUUAUCAGAGAGAUGAACAGUGGGCACAGUGCUUGGUGAGUGGGAGAGGGUAUCUGUUUUGUCGCAGGAGUGGUGGGUGUGGGAACAUAUGGGUUGGAAGCAGAAAGAGAGAAAGGAAGAUGAAAAGAAGAAAUUUUCGCGUGGAAGCUAUGUGGCCAGAUUUGUCAAAACCAAGUGAAGUUGAGAUGGAAGAAAUCACUGAUUCCGACCACCUCGAUCAAAUUCUUCUUCUUGCCCACGACAACUCACAACCUAUCCUCAUUGAUUGGAUGGCUACUUGGUGUCGGAAAUGCAUCUAUUUGAAGCCCAAGUUGGAAAAAUUAGCAGCUGAAUAUCUCGAUAAAGUCAAAUUUUAUUACGUGGAUGUGAAUAAAGUACCCCAGACUCUAGUCAAGAGAGGAAACAUAUCUAAAAUGCCAACAAUUCAGCUGUGGAAAGAUGGAGAGAUGAAGGCAGAAGUGAUUGGGGGCCAUAAGGCCUGGCUAGUUACUGAAGAAGUCAGAGAAAUGAUCCAAAAGUUCUUAUGAUACUUCUGUUUCCUCAGAAAAACAAGAGACAACAAAAGUUACAAUUGAAGAAACUAGUCUUCCAAUUUAUAUAUCUUUCUUGUUAAUACUUUUUGUAUGUUGGCAACUGCAUGUAGUUGUAGGUUAUAUAUAUAUUAAUGGAAUUCUGUACCAUAGCUGAAAGAAAUUUAACUGGGAAAAGAAGAUGCUCGGUGUUUGUCCCUCCCUCUCACGCAUUAGAGGAAUAAUACCAAGUUAAAAACUUGCAAUUGUUUUCUA